GGCGCAGCCGCACCCGGCGUCGACGACUCGAUCCACCCGCUCAAGUACACCUGGGACGUGUGGUUCUCGCAGCGCCAGGCCGGCACCAAGAGCAACAAGAAGGACGAGAAGGCCGGCGCACCGGUCCAGAAGGAGAAGGAGUCGCGCGAGGACUGGGAAGGCGGCGUCGUCAAGCUCGGCGGGUUCUCGAGCAUCGAGUCGCUCCACCCGUUCCUCGCCCACCUCGUUCCCCCCUCCGCCCUCCCCGCCUCGACCCACUCGACCUACUCGCUCUUCUCGACCGACGCAGACGAGGCCGCUCCCGCCGCGACCAACCUGAUCUGCGACUACAACGUCUUCCGCUCGUCGAUCGCGCCUGCUUGGGAGGACUCGGCCAACGUCGGCGGCGGUCGCUGGGUCGUGCGCCUGCGCAAGGGCGUCGCCGACCGCGUGUGGGAGGAGGUCGUGUACGCGCUCGUGAGCGAGCGCAUCGGCGGCGAUGACGAGCGCGUCGGCGACAAGGUCAACGGCGUCGUCCUGUCGGUCCGCCGCGACGAGGACAUCCUGUCGCUGUGGGUCGCGCCCAGCUCUCGCACCGAGCGCGACAUCAUUCGUGACUCGCUCCG